GCGGGGCGACCCUGGGGUAGGGCGGGGGCGCGAGCCCGGAGCGAGGGUUGAUCCCUGGGCGGGGGCUGGGGACACGGGCCGGGGGCAGGGUCCUCCUGCGCUGCGGUCGUUGCCCUUGGGCCCCGCGGACUCGCAGGUUCUGAGCCCGGGCCUGCGGCGGCGGCGGCGGCGGCGGCGCGGCGGGCGGAGGGGGCCUCCCUCGGGGCGGGGUCUGCGGGAGGAGCGGCGGUGAUGGGCACGCAGGUUCCUGUGGGGGACCGCAGGACUUCUGGCUUCCCAGCCAUGGAGCAAUGGGCCCUGCCCCCACCGGCCGGCCCCGGGCCUGAAGAGGAGCCCCUGCGCCUUCUCUCCUCCGCAGCUGCCAGCCAUGGUCUGGCCGUGCAUCCCUGACCCUGGGCUUCCCUGGCAGCCCAGAGCGGGAACUGUCCCCCCGCAGCGGGAGGGAGGCGCGGGCUGCCAGAGCCUGGGAGAGCUGGCCCCUGGACUAUGCCAUCCAGGUUAGCGGGCGUGGGCCAUUCAGGGGCGUCUCCCCCGCAGCCCGCCGCCCAGGGCCACCUGCAGCCUGAAGACAGAAUGCUCAAGGGACAGCUUCCAAACAUGGGCAAAGACCUCGAAGCCCACCCAGGGUCCCCACCUGCCAACAAUGGUGAGGGCCCUGAGAAGAGCCCAGUGCUCCCCCCGAAACUUCCAGCACAGAUCAGCAACGAGGACCCACAAGCCAAGGCAGCAAGCUUCAUCCCAAAGCCACCGCCGAAGCCCCGGCUGGAGCGAGCUCUGUCCCUGGACGAGAAGGCGUGGAGGCGGCGGCGUUUUCCAAGCAGCCACGAGGACCUGGCGGCGCACGUCGGGGCCAGCCCCUGUAGGGGCUCCUCACAGGACGAGGUCCUCAGGCCCCCCGCCCACACCGACUCCCCCCACUGCCUGAGCGCCUCCUUGCAGGAGAUCCCCACGUCCCGCAGGGCCCAGGGCAGCGCGGGAGGGAGCCCUUCCUCAUGGGGUCACUGUAUCUCCGGGAUGAUCAGCACUUCCCUGGACGUCCUGCACCGGGACGGGGCCUCAGCCCGGAGCCCCGCCAGGCUGCCGGCUGUGGACCAGAAGGUGGCCUCCGGUUCCCUGCGGCCGGCCGACCGGGUGGACUCGGGUCAGGCCGACCUCAAGGCCCGCCUGCCAAGCAGACUGUUCCGGGCCCACAGCAGCCUGGGCCCUGGCCGGCCCCCGAGCCCCCUGGCCUCUGAGGCGAGAUCCUCCUUUAGCCUGCUGGCUCCCAUCCGUGCCAAGGACGUCCGGACAAGGAGCUACCUGGAGGGGAGUCUCCUGGCGAGCGGGGCCCUCAUGGGGGCGGAGGAGCUGGCCCGGUACUUCCCGGACCGCAGCAUGGCCCUCUUCGUGGCCACCUGGAACAUGCAGGGCCAGAAGCCACCUGUGUGCGGAGGUGGCAGUGGAGACCUCCAGCCACUCUGCUGUGACGGCUGCUUUGUCCUGACUGCCAGUCGCCCAGGGCCAGACUGCACAAGCCAGAGGACUGGCUCUUGCUUCAGGGGAGCCUCUUGGACCCCGUGCUGGUGGCUUUCUCGCCAGCUCAGCCAUCUCUCCCUGGGACGACUCCUCACGGCAAGGACUGUCCUUGGGUUGGUGGUCUCCGUCCCCUGGAUGUGGGGUGCUCUGAUUUCUGAGGGCCGGGCGUGGGCUUCCUGCACUAUGGGCGAUCCUAGCGCGCCCCGGGGUGCAGCAAAGGGCACGGUGGUUGUCACGGUGGCAUCACAGAAGGACCUUCACUCCACAACGUGGUGGCCCGGGCUGGCCAUGGGGACGGGCGCUGGGGAGGAAACAAGGCAGGGCCACCUCCUGUUCAGGGUUUCGCUGAGUAACCGGGAGUCCCAACAACACAGGCUCCGGAGAGAGACAAGUGAUUCUCCCUCACGCUCAAGGAGGAGGCAGGUGCCGGGCUGGCAGCCCCACUGUCCCAGGGACACCACUGGGCCUGUCCAGGGGAUGGCGCUCUUGUCCAGGGCCCCCGAGGGCUCGGAGGCUAUGCACGUCCAGCCACGGGCAGGAGCGCUCACGUCCAGAGCCACGGCACCCUGGCCCAGGCAGCACCACCUCCCCACCCAGGGCAUAUCUGGGGGCGCGGGGCACAGAGGCAGGCGUGGCAGUGACCAGUUGGGGUGGAGGGAGGCCUGCCUGGAUGCGUCGCAUGGGCCAUGCUGGUCCCCAGGCUGUGGGAGAGGCUGGGCCGCCGGCCCCGCGGGAGGCCCUGGCUAUCCACGGUCCCUGCAGGACUUGCCCCCACACCUGGACGAGCUCCUGCUGCCCGCCGAGGCGGACUACGCCCAGGACCUGUACGUCGUCGGGGUCCAGGAGGGCUGCUCCGACAGGCGGGAGUGGGAGACACGCCUACAGGAGACGCUGGGCCCCCGCUACGUGACGCUGUACUCGGCGGCGCACGGGGCGCUCUACAUGUCCGUGCUCAUCCGCAGGGACCUCAUCUGGUUCUGCUCAGAGGUGGAGAGCUCCACGGUGACCACACGCAUCGUAUCUCACAUCAAGACCAAGGGGGCCCUGGGCGUCAGCUUCACCUUCUUCGGCACCUCCCUCCUCUUCAUCACGUCGCACUUCACCUCUGGCGACGGGAAGGUGAGCGAGCGGCUGCUGGACUACAGCAGAACCGUCCAGGGCCUGGCCUUGCCCAAGAGCGUGCCCGACACCAACCCCUACCGCUCCGACGCUGCGGAUGUUACCACCCGGUUCGAUGGGGUGUUCUGGUUUGGAGACUUCAACUUCCGUCUGAGCGGUGGGCGUGCGGCCGUGGAGGCCAUCCUGAAGCAGGACCUGGGGGAGAAGGUGUCAGCCCUGCUCCAGCAUGACCAGCUCACCCAGGAGAUGAAGAAAGGGUCCAUCUUCAAGGGUUUCCAGGAGCCGGACAUCCACUUCCUUCCGUCGUACAAGUUCGACAUCGGGAAGGACUCCUACGACACCACCUCCAAGCAGAGGACCCCCUCCUACACGGACCGGGUUAUGUACAAGAGCCGCCACAAGGGUGACAUCUGUCCCAUCAAGUACUCCUCCUGCCCAGGCAUCAAGACAUCUGACCACCGCCCCGUAUACGGCCUGUUCCGGGUCAAAGUGAGGCCGGGGAGAGACAACAUCCCGCUAGCUGCCGGCAAGUUUGACAGAGAACUGUACUUAAUAGGAAUUAAAAGACGCAUUUCCAGAGAGAUCCAGAGGCAGCAGGCACUGAAGGCUCAGCACUCCAGCAGCAUCUGCACCGUCUCCUGAGGGUUCCCGAGGACCCUCAUCACCCACGUGGGAGGUUACUUGACCAAAAGCCCCUAAAAAGACAGAAGAGGUUGCUGUGUGGGACUUCUGCUUCUGGGCAGCGGGCGGACCCAUGCUCGAGGCUGACCUGCUUCCUUACCAAGAACCCCACGGGGAGGCCAGAAGACCGGCCAGGCGGUACCACGGCGCCGGUGCCCGGAAUGGAACCAGCCACACUCCUUGACAGCACAGUCCGCGUCAGGCCCCACACUGGCCACGCCACCCGCGUGGUCCCUCGGGGCAGGUGUCCAGGUGGGUCGUGGUGGGGCCUGGAGCAGCUCGCUCGCCCACAGCUGACGUCGACAGUGCUCGCCUUGUGGACCUGCCGCCCCGCAGCGCUAACUGGGAGGUGCCCUUCUCCGUCUGAGCACAGGGGUCCUGGUACUAAAGUGGCUGAGCUGCUCGGGGUCUCCAUCCCACUGGUGCUCGAGGACCAAGCCCAGGCCCAGCUGGACAGGCCAGAGCCAGCUGACUUCCAAGGAGGGAGUGCGCUCCCACAGCCCCACUGGGACAAGAAGGCCUGGCCUGUUUCUGGGCCGCCUCUGGUCUUCGGGGGGCUGGCCCGGCCCCUCCAGCCAUGAAACCAUUUCCCUGCCCUCUUCUGGUUUUGGUGAUUUCAGACCAUUGGCACACAUAUCGUCAGCCACAGAUAGCGUUAACAAAGCCUCGGGUGUCCCCACCACAUUCCAGAUCUCCUCUUUCUUCUGGGGCUGAGCCUGUGAUCACCCACCAUGGCUCCUAACGAUAGCCUCUGUAAGUGGGAAGACCAAGGGGCACUCGAUCUAGUCUUAAAUUAUUUAUUUUUCCAUAUUUAUAUUUUUAAAUAAAUCCAUAUAUUAAACCUCAAACUCUUUCUGGCCAAAGACUGAGUCCUAGAAAGAGCUCAUCUGUACACUCUGCCCAUUCUCCUGAUGUCUCAGAGAACAAGGUCGUCCAAUGGCAGGUCUGGCAUACACUGCGCCCAGCUGCCACCCCAACUGUGGGGCUGGCGGGAAAGGGACUUUUAAGGGAGAAGGGGACACCCCAGACCUGAGCGGAAGAAACAAGGCCCCUUCCGAAGGCCAGUGUACCUGCUCUGUGAGCGCCCACUUCCGCAGCACGGAGCCGGGCACAGCCGGUCUGACACGGGAAGGUCUGUUCAUGAGACAGUCCAGUCAACCCCAUCGGACCUGAAACUUGUCUGUCUAUAAAAUUUUGCUCAAAGAAACGUGCUGUUGA